UCAGGUAACUUACUUGCGCGAAACACCGUCUGCGCAUGCGCAGGGGAGAUGCGUGAAUUUGUUCGCGAUGGCUGCCGACAGUGCUCAACUGUUAGGGCUGGUGGAGGAAUUUGUAUCGGGACAAGCUGACAGUUCAGCUGCAGAUAUCGCGACAGGAGUCAAGACUGGACAGUUCUCCAUACUUCAGCUGGUUGAGGCACUAGGGUUAAGUUUAACAAGCUCUGAGACUCAGACACGUGGCCGAGGGGUGCAGCUCCUCUCUCAGGUUCUGCAGGAAUGCUACAGCGGCCUUUCAGAGAGCGAAGUGAAGGUCCUGGUAACGUUCUACGAGAACAGGCUAAAGGAUCACUAUGCAAUGACGCCACAUGUUCUCCGCGGACUCACAGCUCUGGCGAAGUGCACAGUGCUGCCUCCUGGUUCAGCAGUAUCUAUUCUGAAAGCCCUCUUCCAGGAUGUGCAUGUACAGUCCCUGAUGUUGUCAGAACGGUCGUGUGUCUACAACAUACUCAUCAGCCUCAUGAACUCAAGAGAAAAGGAGCUGAAGGGUUUGGGUCCAGACUUUGUGUUUGGAUUUGUGCAGGCUGUAGACGGAGAAAGAGAUCCUCGCAACCUACUGCUGGCCUUCCAGAUAGCCAGAAACAUCAUCUACAGGGGUUAUGACCUCAAUCUGUUUACAGAGGAGCUCUUUGAAGUCACGUCCUGCUACUUCCCAAUAGACUUCACGCCUCCACCCAAUGACCCUCACGGCAUCACGCAGGAGGACCUGAUCCUGGCUCUACGGGCCGUUCUAACAGGCACGCCACGAUUCGCAGAGUUCCUGGUACCGUUACUUAUCGAGAAGCUCGACUCAGAUGUCCAGAAUGCCAAGGUGGACUCGCUGCUGACUCUGGCUGCUUGUGCACCUGUAUAUGGACACAAAGAGCUGGCUGAGUUCCUCCCAGGCCUCUGGUCCUCCAUACGCAGAGAGGUAUUUCAGACGGCGAGUGAGAGAGUUGAGUCAGCAGGUCUCUCUGCUCUUACUGCUAUCACAUCCUGCCUGUCUCGCACUGUCCUUACGUCAGACUCGGGAGAUGCUCUGCAAACAUUCCUGGAGCUCGUCCUCAAAGACUGUCAGCACCAUCUGUGUGAGCCGGAUCUGAAGCUGGUGUGGCCUAGUGCUAAGCUGCUGCAGGCUGCAAGUGGCGCCUCCUACAGGGCAAGCCUCAUAGUGACAGCGGUGGUGCUGCCUGCACUGUUUGAGCAGUACAACUCCAGAGCUCAGUGCGCUCAUCGACGCACUCUGUUGGAGGUCUUGCAGGGCUUCAUCCAGCCCACUGUGAGCAGCCAGCCUGCAGAACGAGAGGAGAAUGUGCUGCUCCCCUUCCAAAAGUCUCUCUGCAGCGUGGUGUUUUCUGCUCUGGCUGAGUCAAAUGCAUCUCUUCAAGUCACAGCUACAAAAGUUCUUGCCACACUGGGCCAGCAGUCUGGCCUAUUAUUGGAGACAGAUGUGGAAAUAGCAGUGGACCACCUGACGAGGCUUGUUGUAGAAGAGGACGAUGCACAAGUCAGUUUGGCAGUAAUGGACUGCGCAGGAUCUCUGGCUCGUCUCCAUCCGGCUGUCUUCACUUCCCGAAUGGUUCCAAGACUGAAGGAUGAAAUAUUCACAGAACCCAUGGCUGAAGGAGACACCUCCACUCUCCCUCAGAGUCGAAGCAAAGCCGCAGCACGAGAGCGCAGUGUGAAGGCUCUCGCCUUCAUCUCGUCUCAGCUCAGUUUGGUGCAGGAGAGCGCACCUGUACUACUGCAGGUCUUAGCUGCUGCACACAAAGGUAGCAGCAGUUUCUCAACAGAGGAGGUGAUUUCAGUGUGUCGCAGUCUGCAGAGGAUAGCUGAGCAUGCCCAGCACACAGUGGAAAUUGGUGACUUUUUCCACAACGUUGUCAUUCCACGAUUACUGGGUCUGUCCCUGCAGGCAGCUCUGCAUAGUCAGAGGUGCUCUGGUCACACUAGUCCCCUCACAGAAGAGGAUGUGCUUUCUGCUAUAGUUCCUGUCAUAAGCACUGCUUGUGCAGCGCUACAGUCAGUACCUGCUACUCAAAUGGCUGCCCAGGCCGUUUCCCUUUUCUUAGAUGGAGAUGUGUCCUUCCUGCCAGAAAACGCCUACCCAUCCCAGAUUCAGCUGCUCAAGAGUCAGUCAGAUUGCUGGUCCCAGUCACAGCUCGUGUGUUUGCUCAUGGCCUCUGUGUGUUCCCUUUCACAGCAGGUGGAGAUUCCUGACAUUGACAGGCUUCUAGUCCAGUUGGAGGAGCUGAUUUUCACGUGUACACACCCGUUCUCCUACACAUCUGCAGCUAAGUGUUUUGCCGGCCUGAUCAACAAGAGAGCAGCAGGCCAAGCCCUGGAUGCUGUUCUGGAGAAGACCUUGAAAAGAAUAAGUGCAACGUUGGACUGUGAAUCCUCGGCACAGAGAGUUCAAGCCUUCACUUUACUGAUCUGGGUAAUGAAGGCUUUGCUUCUGCGCUACCAUCCUCUGUCUGUGAACUUAACUGACAAGCUCUUUUGCCUUCUGAGUGAUAAUCAGUUAGGUUCUCAGGCAGCAGACAGUUUCUCGCUGCUUAUGAGCGAUUCUCCAGAUGUGCUGAACCGCAGCUGCCAUGCCAAUGUGCGCAUUAUGUACCGCCAGCGAUUCUUUACAGAGAACUCAGUUAAACUUGUACAGGGCUUCAACAGUGCAGAGCAAGAGAAGAGGUCUGUGUACCUGAAGGCCUUGUCACACAUCGUCAAUAAUCUCCCCAGACAAGUGCAACUCUCAGAGCUUCCUGCUUUGCUGCCCCUGCUUUUAGAAGCACUGUCAUGUCCUGAUGAGGCGGUGCAGCUCUCCACUCUCUCCUGCCUUCAGCCACUGCUCAUGGAACCUCCACCUGCUCUCACCACACAGCUGGAGGCUCUUUUCACCCGCCUGCUCGCGCUAACCACCAGCCCUACUAUGAAAGUGAGGAUUACUGCACUGCGCUGCAUCCACGCCCUCUCCCGCCUGCCUACUCACAUGGUGUUGCCUUUCCGUGCCAGGGUGCUGCGCGCUCUUGCUAAGCCACUAGAUGACAAGAAGAGACUGGUGAGGAAGGAGGCGGUGGCAGCCCGGAGCGAAUGGUUUUUGUUAGGGAGUCCUGGAGGAAGGUGAAGUAGGGAGCACUGCUGUCCAUCAAAGUUCACCCACAGUCUCUUCCACACAGUUCUACUCAUUCUGUCGUACUGCAUCGCUCUAACUACGCACAACGGGAAUGACGUCAGCCUGUCCCAUCUAGGCAUCAGGAAUACUGGAAGAGGAACGUAUUAAAAUAAUGCACUGAGGUAGAGCUCACUCCUGCCACAUUUUCUUCCUGAACCUGAGUGGGUGAUGCAGGAAGUCUGAGACGAUUUCUGGUGCUUAACCUUAAACAUGGGUUACAGAAUGUUUUUAUUGUUCUCCACAGUUUCCCUUGUAUGAACUAGUAGUCUUGUAGGCUGCUUUUUCUGCUUUCUCACACAACACAUGUCCCAGUCAGUCUUGCAAUGAAUCAGAGGGAUGCAAUCUACGUUCAUAAUGUGUGAACAUGGUGGUUGAUUCGACAUUUUACUAACAUUGUUUAUUUGGCCAUCAAAAAUGUGUUUUUUAAUAGAUUCCAUAUAUGAUAAGGAAUAGAGAAUUGAAGCAAAUUAUUUAAAAUAUUCAAAGGAAAUGUUAUUAGGCUGCUUUCACACUAGGCAUGUUUUUAUUCCCAAUAAACAAAAGUGACUUUUUGUGCUGAAGGGUUCUGGGUUUGAUCCUGGUCUCAGGUUUACUGUCUGGGUAGAAUUUGACAUGCUCUUGCUAUUUCCAUGUGGGUUUCCUCUUGGUUCUCAGGUUUUCUCCGGAGGUUAAGAAGAAAAAAAAGUCAUACUGGUAGGUGAUUAGAUAUGCUAAAUUGCCACUAGGUAUGAAUUGACAUACACGAUGCACCUUGCUGGAUUGGCGUCCAUUUACAGGGUGUAUUCCCACCUCAUGCGCAGUUUUCCUGCGAUAUAUUCCACAUCCACCGAGAUCAUGACCAGGAUAAAGCUCUUUCUGAAGAUGAAUGAGAUAUUGAAUGACGUAAAUUUCCUUAGGUUUGUUUACUAAGAAGAAUGGCACGUUGUCCUCCAUGUUGGGUUGUCGCACCUGCCCCCCAAUUUGCCUGACUGGUUAAAAAAAAAAAAAAAAAAACACAUGGUUGGCAUCAUUUGACACUUUUCUGAAAACUUUAACCGACCUUAAAAAAAAAAAAACCGUGGAUGGCAGCACCUUUUAAAAGUAUUGCAUUCCACCCACUUUCCACAGGGUUGCAUGUAAAAUAUGUACUGGUGAUGGAGGGACAAAAAAACACCAAGUGUGAAAGCAGCCUAAAUGACUAUCAGUGUUUUCCAUGUUUCAAGAUGUUCUCAAAGCCACAGGGUUGAUUUGUUGUUCAUUUCAUUUCAUUUCACUGGAAAGACUAACGCUGAAGCCUCAUAAGACAACAUGCCAAGGAUAUAGUGGACAAUAUUUAAACAUCAAUAAAUCUCUUUGUAAAUGUGUAAAAUGGAAUUAAACCCCAUUAUUAUACUGUCA